UUCGGUUCCCGAGGGGUCCAUUCACGACACCCGAAAAUCGGCAAUCAGUGUUUCCGGCACGGGCGUCAGGCACAUCGAUCGGACAUGACCGAAGACACGACAAUAUAUUAUUAUAAUGACAAUAUUAUAAUAAUUGUACGUUGUAUGCAACACUGUAAUCAAUUACAAUAACAAUUGUCAAAUCGUACAGCUAAAAAAGGACAAAAUAUCGUCUACGUCCUUUAGCCGUGUCAAGUGGUCAACUGCAAGCGUUCGCAAUAUAGUCUAUACCGCGUCAUUAUAUUGUAAUGGAUUCAUGGCUGUCGGUGAACGUGACAACGGCCAAUGUCCUGUCCAGAGACAGUCGAGGAUCCGUCCGCGGAGUCAAGACGAAAUCGGCAGCGGCUGCGUCGACGGCUGCGGUUUAGAUAAGUCUUUAAAAAUAACUUAUCCCGCCUUCGCUGCUCUCCAUUACGUAUUAUAGGUACGGCGGUAUAACUGGCAUUCGGCUGUCGUUUCGUUUGCCACAUAUUUCACGUUUUUCGUAAAAGUGCGUUAAAUUUCGUAUAUUAUCAGAUGUACAUUAAUAUAUCAUAAUAUUAUUAAAAUAAAAUUAUUUUUUUGUUUCAAAUUUGUGAGCGUAUAUAUUAUUUUCUCCGACUCGACCGCGGACAAUGGAUAUAUCAUCAGACGUUUGGGGGCAGUUAGCAUUAGAGGCUUCUCAGGUGUAUAUCGAUGACGGUACAGGAGGACCUGCCAAGAGCCCGUAUGCCGGAACGACGAUCGAAAAACUGCCAGAUAAAGUUUUGUUGAACAUAUUUUCGUAUCUGAGCCACAAAGAAAUAUGUAGUAUGUCUAGAGUGUGUAGAAAGUGGCGCACUAUUGCGUAUAACACGUCCCUGUGGUACAGCGUAUCCCUAAGACCGGAAAUAUCGGGACUCCACGUCACAUCACUGGACUUCCUGCUGUCUCUUAUCAGUGUGAGAUUCGGCUCUUCGUUGCGUUAUAUCGAGUUGCCUAUCGAGCUCAUAACGCACACUGUCUUGCACGAAUUGGCCAAUAGAUGUCCAAAUCUCACUCAUAUGUUACUCGACUUCUCGACCGCCAUGCAACUGCACGAUUUCAGCGAGCUUCAAGCAUUUCCCACCAAGUUGAAAUACCUCUGCGUGUGCCUGUCGGAAGUGAUCUUCAUGGAAGGGUUCAUGAGAAAGAUCUACAACUUCAUCAACGGGCUGGAAAUACUCCAUUUGAUAGGUACUUACGAAAAAGUCGAAGAGGAAGAAGAAGAGAUUUACGAGGUGAUAAACGUCCACAAGUUGAAGUCGGCAACGCCGAACUUAAGAGUCAUAAACUUGUACGGGAUAAACUUCAUCGACGACAGUCACAUUGACGCGUUCAGCUCCAAUUGUAUACAACUCGAGUGUCUGGCCGUGAACUAUUGUUCCAAGGUCACAGGGUCUACAAUGAAAACGUUAUUUCAAAGGAGUAAAAGGCUCAGGUGUCUUUUAAUGAACCAAACGAAUCUCAUCAGCGAGUACGUAAUGCAAGUAGAAUGGGAAAAAUCUUCGAUUCAAGAAUUGGACAUAUCUGGGACCGAUCUCUCCACCGAAUGUCUGAUCGACAUGUUGGUCAGGAUACCGAAUUUGAAGUUUCUGAGCGCAGGCCAGUUAAACGGAUUCAACGACACCGUGCUGAAUAUGUUCAUGGAACAGGGCAACGUCAGGAACUUGAUUGCGCUCAAUUUAGACUAUUCGGACAAUUUGUCGGACGAAGGACUUUAUAAAUUUUUGUCUCGAUACGGACAUCAGCUACAGGGGCUCUCUUUGGCUGGCAUGCCACAAAUUACCGAUCAACUGUGGAACACGGUCCUACCAGUACUCAAUAAUGUCAUAAUUAUGGUCAUGGGCACUCAAGAGAGACUGUCUGGUAAUGUGCUAGUUGAUCAACUUAUGGAUGGUAUAGCUACAAAUUGUCCAAGACUAGAACGACUUGAAUUGAAAUGGGAUCCGGAUAAUUUAAGGUUUUCGGAUAAAAGUCAAAAAGCCAUUGAUAUUUUCCGAGUGAAAUGUUUAAAACUCAAAUGUUUAGUUUUAAGCGACGGAAGGUAUUACGAAAUAGUGAAAGCAAACUUCGAAAGAGCGGAUAGACUGACGGUGGUCAGAACCACUACAUGUUGUAGUGUCUCAAAUUAUUACCUACUACAGAAUUACAAAGAUUUAAUAUUUAAUUGAUUCCAGAUCAUUUAUAAUUUAUAAAAUUAAUUAAAUAAUUAAAAUGUAAAUAUUUAUGUUUCCGACGGUAUACAAUAAUAUUAUUUAAGUGUCAAUCAUAAUAUGUAUAGUUUAAGCACCUAAAAUAAUAAUAAAAUAUAAAUAUUUCAUAACGAA